AAAAAAAUUUUGCAGGUUGAAAUCUGUUAUCAGUUUUUAGUACACAUAAUUUUGAAAAUUGUACACGUUCGUUGCUUUUUCUCUAAAUUUUUGUGUGAUGUUCUCGAAAAUAUUUCUUAACCGCUGCGUGCAAGCUCUUUAAAUGUAUUCUAUGCGUGUUUAAUCUCCAGCAUCGUUCGGUACAGAAUCGUUGAGCUGAAACCCCUCAAGAUGUCUAGUAUGAAACGAUAUUUUAUCAAUAAACAUCUGAACGCAGAUAUCUCCAAAAAACAACCAAACGAGCGAUUUUGGAAACCAAAAAUUUACGAAUAUGUGCAGAUGAUACGAUCCCACAUCCCACCGAGGCAGGAGUUGACGGAUGGAGGUUUAUAUGUCGGUUCUCCAGGUGUUGCUUAUUUAUUCUAUACGUUGAUGAAAUCACCUAUGAUGGAAGCUGAAAGAAAAGUGAACGCUUCCAAAGGUUUAGAGUAUAUUUGCACUGCUGGUCAGUAUUUCAGCGGACGUCGAGUUAACGAUAUCGCUGACAUGUAUGGGUUUCUUCUGGGUAGAGCUGGAUAUCACGCAGUUGCUUGUGCAUUUUACUGGAAUACGGGGAGUAAGUCGAAAGCAGAGGAGCAAUUACAACAGUACAUCAAUCUUCAUCAAUACUCGAACUAUAAUGUGGCUUAUGGUGGAAACGAAUUGUUUGUCGGCAGGGCCGGAUAUCUUCUAGGAGCUAUUUGGUUACAAAAACAGAUCAGUCGACCUGUUCUUAGCACCGAACAGAUGAACGAAAUUUGCGAACUGGUCGUAUCCGAAGGCAGAACGUUUGCACGAUCACAGCAGUCCGAAUCUCCUCUCAUGUAUGCUUAUUACAAUACAGAAUACCUAGGUGCUGCUCAUGGCUUAAGUGCCAUCUUAUUAGCUUUAAUGGCAUGCGAUGACUUUCUGAAUAAGAAUCCUGGCGCUGAAAAAGAUAUCAAAACUUCUGUCGAUUACCUACUCUCAACUCAGACCAGAAAUGGUAAUUUUCCUUGCGCAACUCACGAUAUUGGUAAAGUGCUACGACCUGAUUGUGAUCAAGAAUUGGUGCAUUGGUGUCACGGUGCCCCAGGAAUUAUAUACACUAUGGCGAAAGCGUAUUUACGUUGGAAUGAAGAUAAAUACCUCCAGUCGUGUAUAAGAGCUGGUGAAGUCGUUUGGGAACGAGGAUUGUUGAAAAAAGGACCAGGGAUAUGUCACGGAGUUGCUGGAAACGGUUACGUAUUCUUGCUUCUGUACAGAUUGACUCGUGAUGAAAAAUACCUCCAAAGAGCCGCCGUCUUUGCCGAGUUUAUGACAACUUCAGAGUUUCGUAAAGAAGCCCAUACUCCAGAUUCACCUUACAGUUUAUACGAAGGAUUAUCUGGCACGUUGUGUUUUUUAGCUGAUUUACAUUGCCCCGAUCAGGCUGCAUUCCCUUUUAUGGAUGUUUUCUAAAAAGAUCGUAUUUUUUACGUACCUUUUUGUUGUAUGAUUUUUUAUUUUUGUGAUACAGAAAUUGAUUAUAUUUGUGGCUGAUUGUCG